GCGAUGCAACUAUUCCGGAUCUAGCACCGGAGCCGAUUUCGCCGCUCCGUCUCCACGGAGGACGUCUUCUCGGACGAGUUCCCUCCUUGGGCCACCACUCCGCCGAUUCCUGCUUAGCACGAAACUGGAGCCAAAGGAUGUGCAAAUCGUUAAGACAUAUGUAAUUAUGGAGAAAUAUAUCGGGUGGGGGCUGAAUUUCGUACAGUGUGGAGCAUAUAUACAACUGGUUUCACUUACUCCUGGAAGUUUUGCUCAACGAACCGCAAUACUGCAGCCAGGAGAUGUGCUGUUCAAGGUGGAGAAGGCCAAAAUGCUGGGCUACAGACUCAAACACAUGUCAUCCAUGGUGAACGCGAUAAAGACUGGUACUAUUAUACUCGUCACUGUGUACAGGAACUUCAUCACACUGCUGGGGCAAUGCACCACCAAUACCACUGCUGCUGUUGCUGCUCGGGAUAAUGACCAUGCGACCAGGGCAUGCACGUGCCCGCGGUCCAGGCAGACCCACGACUCGCUGGUGAAGGUGUCCCCACGGAAGCUAUCCAGGCAGACCAUUGGACCGUCUGCUCACAGCAAUGUGGCACUUCACAGGAAAACCUGUGUAGGCCACAAUGAAGAGGAGCAGUUUAAAAAAGACUCACAGGAGCAGCAGCAGCCACAUCAGCAAAAGCAGAAAAAAACAAUUCAACUUCAAUUCAUGCGCAUUGGCCAUGAGCGCACUGUGGAAAUUUACAUCCCAGAGCCCAUGGCCGGGUCGACUGAGUGCACCUGCUUGGGACAGGAGGUGGAAAAGGAGGCGGUCACGGUGCAGUCCCGGAAGAAGGAAGUCAUCUCGGACAAAGAAGAUGCCACCAUGACUGCCCUGAGCACCGCCACCACCACCACCAAUGUCACCGCCACUGCUCCGGACAAUGGCCUUGCCACCAGAGCAAGCAUGUCCCCACAGCCCAGGGAGUUCCACAACUCGCUGAUGAAGAUGCCCGCUGGGAAGCUGCACACGUGGGCUCUCCAAAGCCACCUCCUGUACAAGAGCAGCCGUGCAGUCCUCGAGCAACAGGAGCUCAAAGAAUGUGCACAGGAGCAAUGGCAUCGUCAGCAGCAGCAGCAGCAUAUUCAGCGCAGCUCGUUGAGACAGCAACCGGCAUGGGAGCCGGCACGCGAGCCGGCACGCGAGCCGGCACGGGAGCAGCGUCAUCAUCAUCAGCAGCAGCAGCAGCAGGAGCUUAUUCAGUGCAGCUCGUUGAGACAGCAACCGGCACGGGAGCCUGCACAGGAGCCGGCACGGGAGCCGGCACGGGAGCCGGUCGCCGCCAAGAUCCACAAGAAGAAAGGCCUCUGGAAGCGACUUAGGACAUUCUUCCGCCGAUAAAAAAUAAUUUUUCCAGAGACCUGUUCGCAUCUGAAAUGGAUGUG